UCACGGAAUCGGAAUCGUGGAAGCCCGUGCCGUGAGUGAUAAAAGGCAAAUGGCCGUCGCAGCGUACGAGAGCGGGUUACGCGUAUGACGUUUUUUCUUCGCGGGUCAGUUGUUGACGGGCACGGCAUGGUUUAGAUGUGUCCCGCGGUGGUGUCGAUCGUGUCUCGUGAAACAACGGAUCCUGUCGUGAUGUGAACGGAGCAAGGUGGGUAGGCGGAAGGCUCGAACGGUUGUUUCCGUGGCCGGCGAUGGACGGUGAGAAGGCCAAUAGUGCGGUGAUGAAAUCGGUGUCGGAGGGUGAGCUGGGCGUGGAAGAGGUUAAACCGUCCGAGGCGAAGACACGGGAGUCCAUUUCGCGGCUGAAGCGUACUUUCACGUUGCCGCGGAAUCCGUUUCAGAACGCGAAGAUGUCACGGCGACGUCCGAAACAGAACCGCGACUCGAAAGACAACAGCGGCGGGACGAGCGGCAACAAGGACCGAAACAAUAUGCAGCAGCAAGUCGAGAGCAUGCAGCAGCCCCAUAUGGGCAGACUGCACAGCAACGGGCAAACAUACUCCGAGAAGAAAGUGUUCCGCAGGCCGUCCUGGAGGAAGUUCAUCAACAGGAUGGUUCAGCACAUGUCCAACGUGGGCGCGCAAAACCAUAAAACCUCCCAUAGGGACGAUCUAGGGUCCAGUGCCGGGGACAUCAGGGUCCCUCCGCCUAGGCCCGCGCACAUACCGCCGGACCGUGUGCCAGGGGUCAUAGGUUUACGCAACCACGGUAACACGUGUUUCAUGAACGCCGUGCUGCAGUGUCUCUCCCAUACGGACAUACUCGCCGAGUACUUCGUGCUGGACCAAUACAAGGUCGAUCUCUCCAGACGGAACAAAUUGAACUCGAAGAAGUACGGGACUAAAGGCGAGAUCACCGAACAGUUGGCCCUUCUGUUGAAGGCUAUAUGGAGCUGUCAGUACGAUCCGGAGAUGAGCACCGCGUUCAAGAGUGUCGUCGACAAGUACGGUAGCCAGUACCGCGGAAACUUGCAGCACGACGCUCAGGAGUUCUUGUUGUGGUUGUUGGACAAAGUCCACGAGGACCUGAAUCAGGCUACCAAAAAGAAAUAUAAGAUUAUCAAGGUGAGUGCACGAUGUGAUCUCGUUCUAUGAUUCUACGAUCGAACAAGUCGAGCGUUGCAUUUUCGAUCGGCGCGAGAAAGUUCGAAUGCGCGAGACAGUUUGAUCGUCGAUUUAUUAUCGUUCGAUGGCUUCGAACGUUACGAAAGAAUUCGAUUUUUUCAAAGUCGAAAAUCGCAGCUCGAACUUCGUGUUCGCGUCUUCGGUUUCAAUUUGAACCUUUCUCUCGAGUCGU